AUGCGGAAGCAUAUCAAACAGGCCGUAGAUGAUUUGGAAGAUUGGCAAGCGAAGUUUGAUCCUUCCUGGUAUCUCAUCACGAGGAUCGCCAGCUCAAGUGUGGAUGAAAGGCUGCAGGAUGUUCCUCAAAACGAUGCAUCCAGGAGACUGGCGCAGAUGAGAGAAGCGAGUGGGAGUCUGUCUGUCCCGAAUAAUCAAGGCAGACAAUCGAUAUUUCGAGAUGCGACGAUCAUACAAGAGCAUGCCGAGCAGGUUUCUUACUCCAACUCCUUUGUGUCAUAUUACACUGACCAACCCGACCAUGCCGUUCUACUGGACCGCACCAACUACCCCGUAGACACGCCCAGGGAAAGGGUCAAGCCCUAUGUCCGCAAUCUGGCCCGGAAGCUGCACAACGUCGACCCGAUGACAUUCGGUCUUCUCAAGUGCGACGGCGUCAUGGAGGUUUCCGAAGUGCAGGAUGGAACUGCAACUACACAGUUCCAAUUCAUCUUCGACAUCCCAGCUAGCCUCUCAUUACCACCAGCGUCGCUCCGCCACCUCCUGCGUGCUAGACCACAGUACCCUCUCGGCCAGCGCAUCCAAUUGGCGCAACAGCUCGCCCGCUCAGUAAUGUUUGUCCACACAGCAGACUUCGUGCACAAGAACAUCCGCCCCGAGACCAUCAUCAUCUUCCAUGAAGAGAGUAGGCUGGGUCCGUCCUUUCUGACCGGCUUUGAGCGCAUCCGGCCGGCAGAUGCACCAACGGAUAACUACGGGGAUUCGAAAUGGGAGAAGAAUAUAUACCGCCAUCCCUCUAGACAGGGACUACUCCCUGAUGACUACUACAAAAUGCAGCAUGAUGUGUACAGUCUUGGUGUCUGUUUGCUUGAGAUUGGACUAUGGUGCUCGUUUGUGUGCGAGGAUGAUAAUGGUGGCUCGGUUCCUUGGGAGCAGCUGGACAUCUCGGAGGCGCUGGCUGAUGAAGACACUCGAGGCCGUGCUUCUGCUAUCAAACGCGCGCUCGUUGCUUUGGCAAAGGAGCGGUUGCCAUGCAUUGUUGGGGAACGGUACACUCAACUCACCACGGCCUGCUUGACGUGCCUUGACAAGGGCGACGAGAAUGUCUUUGGUAAUCAGGCUGGUCUUGAAGAUGAGGAUGGCAUAAUUGUUGGUGUGAGGUAUAUCGAGAGGGAGAAUACUCCUGCAGAUUGA